AAGGAGGGGGAGGGCGUGCAAGGCGGUAAUAGGGAAGAGCAUGGGCGCCAAGGGAGGGACGGACAAGCAUUGAUCCGAUCGGAGCGGUGGGUGGAGUCGGGCCGGUCGACGAGGGCCGGAAGCCCAGGAGAACCAAAACGCAAGCGCCCCCCCCCCCCCCUGUCCACGGGCCGCACACGAGCCAAGACAAUUUUGACGCGCAUGGAGCGGGAAGUUCGGCGGGCACAGGUAGUGGCCGGGGCGGAAAAGCGGUCCGGAGAGACGGAGGACCCCAGGAGCGGGGAAAGAGUCGUUCCAGGGUCGGGGCAGGGGGUGUGUUUGGACCGGCGGGAGUACCACGUCUUGCUUCGCGCAAUUUGUCGGAAAGGACAUUUGGCGUUCGCCCAUGAAAUUCUCCAACACAUGGUCCGGGUCCACUUGCCUCCCGAUGUGACGGCCUACAACUACUUGGUCCUAGGGUACGCGGCGCGGGGAAACGCGGCGGCCACCAAUGCCCUGGUGCGGGAAAUGCAUCGCAAAGGGGUGGAACCGAACGUGUUCACCUUCAUCAAUCUGGUCCGGGCGUGCACGUUGGCGGGGUGUCCGGAGAAAGCGCUGUCGGUGGUGGAUCCUGCUUUUUCCUGGGACUUCUACUCGGCGGCCAUCACCAUUUAUCAUCAGUCGGGUUGUUUUGCGGAAGCGGACGCUUUGUACCAACAAGCCGUGCUGCAUGGGAAGGUCCCGGUUGACGUUACCUUAACUCCCGCGGACCAUGCCCUGGAUUUGCAUGGCAUGUCUGCCCCCGUGGCUGCGGCCGCGGUGCGGUACGCGUUGAAACGGAUAAGGGAAGAGUGGUGGCGGUGUGGACCGGCGGCCGUUAAAGAUUUGGUGUUGAUCAGUGGCGUGGGAAAGGGCAGCCUCGUUCCAUUUCGACCGACCUUGCGCCCGGCUGUUCAGGAUAUGUUGGUGGAGCAAUAUUACCCACCGAUUGACAGCACAACGCAGCCGGGGAACGCGGGAAGGGUGGUGGUCGGGCGGGAAAGCCUGUUAGCUUGGUUGGAAGGAAAGGAGGGCGGGGGGCAGGGCGAGGGGGAGG